AUGGAAGGAAUCUACACGCACCUCGGGGACCACUUUGACGCUGCGUCGUCAAUCAACGACGAUUCAUCAGUCGUUGGGACUUCGUCAAUAAAUGAGAGGAGAAUAGGAAACCGUCGCCGCCAUGAUGAUGAAGACGAACCCGAUACUGACAAAACGGAUGACGAAAAUGACGAACUUGAGAGCCUUAUGGAUGGGACGCUCAGCCUCGCCAGUGUCCCGGUUGCCUCUGCUAUCCCUCAGGACAUAGAUGGGCUUGGAGAUGGAGAUGGGGAAUUGCCCCCACAUGCCUGUGCUUACUGCGGUAUUCACUCACCAAGUGCCGUUGUUAAAUGUCUAAGCUGUAAUAAAUGGUUUUGCAGUGGGCGCGGGAAUACCUCGUCAUCUCAUAUUGUCAAUCAUCUCGUCCGAGCUCGGCACAAGGAAGUCUGUCUUCAUCCCUCAUCAUCGCUUGGAGAAACUACACUCGAAUGCUACAAUUGCGGCACACGUAAUGUCUUUCUGUUGGGGUUCAUACCUGCAAAAUCUGACACUGUGGUCGUCCUCCUCUGCCGCCAGCCUUGCGCAGCAAUGCCAUCUAGCAAGGACAUGAAUUGGGACACAUCACGCUGGGAGCCCUUGAUACAGGAUCGCUCUUUUCUGCCUUGGCUCGUGAGCGAGCCCUCGGAUGCGGAGCAAAUGAGAGCCCGCCAUUUGCAGCCCCAGGCUAUUGCAAAACUUGAGGAACUAUGGAAAGAAAAUCCUGCUGCUGUUAUAGGGGACCUUGAAAAGGGGAAUGGAGUAGAUGACGAACCCCAGCCAGUCCUCCUACGAUAUGAUGACGCCUACCAGUAUCAGAAUGUUUUUGGUCCUUUGGUAAAAAUUGAAGCGGAUUAUGACCGAAAACUUAAGGAAUCGCAAAGCCAAGACGGCCUUAUCGUACGCUGGGAUAUCGGACUGAACAACAAGCACCUUGCUAGUUUCAUGCUUCCCAAGUUAGAACUUGGUGAUGUGAAACUUGCUGUCGGUGAUGAAAUGCGCCUCCGGUACGUGGGAGACCUGAGGCAACACUGGGAGGGUGUGGGUUUUGUCAUCAAGAUCCCAAAUAACAUGUCAGAUGAGGUCACCAUCGAACUUCGAAAGGGUGCAAAUGACAAAAGUGUCCCCACCGAGUGCACUCAUUCCUUCUCUGCAGAUUAUGUUUGGAAGGCAACUAGCUUUGAUCGCAUGCAGCUUGCCAUGAAGAACUUUGCCGUGGAUGAAAUGAGCGUCAGCGGGUAUAUUUAUCACCGGCUUCUAGGCCAUGAUGUUGCUGCGGCGCCCCUGAAGACGCCACUACCUCGGAGAUUUAGUGUCCCUGGCCUCCCUGAGCUUAACAUCAGCCAAGUUUGUGCUGUGAAAAGCGUCCUGCAAAAGCCACUCUCCCUGAUUCAAGGCCCACCCGGCACAGGGAAAACUGUAACAUCAGCAACGAUUGUUUACCAUCUCGCCAAACUCAGUGGUAGCCAAGUCCUUGUUUGUGCGCCAUCUAAUGUGGCGGUCGAUCAACUUACUGAAAAGAUACAUCGGACUAGUUUGAAAGUAGUUCGGCUGACAGCGAAAUCUAGAGAAGAUGUUGAAUCUCAAGUCUCUUUUCUUUCACUGCAUGAACAAGUUCGCAUAAACAACACUAAUGUCGAGCUCGUAAAGCUACGCCAACUGAAAGACGAACUCGGGGAACUGUCGCUUCAAGACGAAAAGAAAUUCAAACAUCUGACACGGGCGGCAGAGAAGGAAAUCCUUACAAAUGCUGAUGUUAUUUGCUGUACAUGUGUGGGUGCGGGCGAUCCACGACUUGCAAAAUUCAAAUUUCGCACGGUUCUCAUUGACGAGUCAACACAGUCUGCGGAGCCUGAAUGCAUGAUCCCAUUGGUUUUAGGAUGCAAACAAUUGGUUCUUGUUGGUGAUCACCAACAGCUGGGCCCAGUUAUUAUGAAUAAGAAGGCGGCGAGGGCGGGCUUACAUCAAAGUUUGUUUGAGCGCCUUGUCAUACUUGGCUGUGCGCCAAUCCGCCUCAAUGUCCAGUACCGUAUGCACCCGUGUCUUAGCGAGUUUCCUAGCAAUAUGUUUUACGAGGGCAGCCUCCAGAAUGGCGUUACCGUCCAGGAGCGACUCCGGAGAAACGUUGAUUUCCCCUGGCCCGUAGUGGAUUCCCCUAUGAUGUUCUGGAGCAAUCUUGGAAAUGAGGAAAUAUCAGCCAGCGGGACAUCAUAUUUGAACAGGACGGAGGCUGCCGCAUGUGAAAAAAUUAUCUCAAAGUUCUUCAAGGCCGGCGUUUCUCCCUCACAAAUUGGGAUAAUUACACCGUACGAGGGCCAGCGGUCCUAUAUAGUAUCAUCGAUGCAAACGAAUGGCUCUCACAAGAAGGAGCUCUAUAAAGAUAUCGAGGUAGCAUCUGUGGAUGCAUUUCAGGGUCGGGAAAAGGACUAUAUCGUCCUAUCGUGUGUCCGGUCUAACGACCACCAGGGAAUUGGUUUUUUGAACGAUCCCCGCCGUCUCAACGUUGCUCUCACCAGAGCGAAAUAUGGUGUUGUCAUACUCGGGAACCCUAAGGUGCUGAGUAAGCAUCCUCUUUGGCAUCAUCUUUUACUGCAUUAUAAAGAGCACAAUUGUCUCGUCGAGGGCCCCCUAAGCAACCUUCAAAUCAGUUUCAUUCAAUUUUCGCGGCCCCGACAGUCGUAUCGCGGACCACAGCGUUUUCAGAUGGCUUACUCAGGACAAACAAGUAUGUCGUCGGGCUCUUUGGAUCCUAGUAGUGGUGUGUCUAGGCCUGGAAUGAAUAUGCACAGCUCUGGAGCAACACAGCCCGUCGGCAUUGGGCGCUCGAUUGGAAAUCAAGGGCCCCGGCAAAGCGAAUUGAAUGACUCGGGGAGCGUCGUCGGAUACAUUCCAGAUGAUGUUUCGAGCGUUCACUCUGCGGCCGUUACCAGUGCUUUCCCGCCCAUGUUUUCCGGGUUUACCUUAGAUUCCUGGCCGAGUCUCCCAAAUAGGUCGGGGUUUUCCGGAAUGCAAUCAUUCGAAGGGCACGAAAAGAAGAACCCUACUUCACAUAUUGGACCUGCAACAGAAAGUAUGGGCCGUGGGGACGGCCUAACCACGGGAGGCGUCUCUUUGGUUCAUAGCUCCGGGCUUGAGUUUGUCACUCGAGAAGCUGGCGAGCUAUCACUAGAUAAAGCGGCAAGUCUAAACCAGUCUGACCGCCUCAAGCAGUAUGUCGAAAGUAACGGGAGAGGAGCCACCCAAGAUUACAAAGGAGUAGGUAGUAUCCCGAGGGGUGCAAAUGUCAGCCGGAAUACGGUUUUAGAUGAAUCGAACAGCAUAUUCGGUCCGAAUACAACCCGCAACCGGGACGCGAACAAUAUUGAUGACGAUGCUAGGAGCGUUAGUACAGCAUUUGCAAGUCAGGUCGGUAUCGUGGGAUACGAUUAA